UAUGUCCAACAGAAAUAAAAAAUCUAAGAGUCCAUAAUUGCAGCAACCGAAAAAUAUUGAUAAGGAUCUCAUGAAAUAUCUAAUAUAUCAAAAGAUUGUUAAGCCACAAGCCCCAUUAGAAUUAAUUACUAAAACCUAGCCCGAUGAGGAUUCUGAAGUUGAAGAUUUCAAACUAGAAAUAGAAAUGAAGUAAUCUCAAAUUUAAUAUCAACUUAGGUAUAAGAGUUGUAAAAUAAAUCACACUUUUAAAUUUCCAAAAGAAAACUAUGAAUCUUCAUCAGAUACAUCUUUGUAAUCUCUAAAGGAUGUUACUACCUAUAAUCUAAAUUGCGAUAAUUUGGAUCGAUUGACUGAUGCCACUUAGCCACAUUUUAUGAAAGCAUUAAAUGAGAGACUCAUGAAAUUAACUGAUCUUAUUGUUGAUGAAUCAUAGAUCAAAACCAAGUAACACAAUUAUGCACCAAACUUGAAAUCCUCCAGGUUAAUGAUUGUAAUAAUUUAGAAUGCAGAAAUUAAGAGGAACAAACAUAUCUAACACUUCCAUUACUAAACCAACAGAACUCUCUUUGAAUGCAGCUAGUUAAAGCCAAGGAAGAGAAAGCGUCAUUACUAAACCUCCUUCCAAUCUUGGAUUUAGAGCCACACCCACACUUUCAUCUGAAAAGAAAAAUAGAUCUAAAUAAAUUCAAUAAAUCUUGAAAAUUACUUAACAAAAAUACACAAACAGUUAAAAGUAAUCAUAUUGUGAUUUUAUAGCAUAGGUGGAACAUUUUAUAAAAAAACACCUUAGGUGAACAACAACUACAUCAACAUCAAUUCCAACAUUAAUAAUAGUAUUGUAGUUACAGGCAAAAGAAAUAUCUAAGAUAUUCGCAUUAAAACCGAAUAAGAUGAACCAGAACCGAAUUUGAAUCAAUAUUAAGUUGUUCCAAACUCUAGGUAAAUAUUUGGAAUUUAAAGUAGACCUAAAAUGAGAGAAUCUACCUUAAAAGGUAAAAAAUUGGAUAUUUCAAUUGGUUAUAAGAAUCUCACCUUAGAUAGUCAAUAUUUAGAAAACUAUAGUCGCAAUGCUAAGAGUUAGAAUAAGAGUUAUAAGGUUUGA